AGUUAUAAGCGUUGUAAUAGUGAUAUGGUCAACGCGGGUCAAACAUUAAAUGACCAUGUUGCAGCGUUUUGGUCCACCCUGAGUUGUGAAAAAUACGGGUUUUUUUUUAAAAAAAAAAAUUCACAGCGCGGGACAUUCAUAUUUGUUGCAAUUAGUUAGGUUAAUUGCAACAUCUCCCUUUAUUCGUUUGCUGCAAGUUCUUAAUUGCAGCUUGGUCCCAUAUUUGAUCGCUGCAAUUCCUAUACUAGGUCAUCCUAAUUUCCAUCACUCUUCAAUCCCAGGUAGUUUGCCAUCGUCUUCAAUCGAUCUCCAUCAGAUCUACAUACAUACUUCCACUCCUUCGCGAAAUUUUAUGCUCGGUCCUUCGCGAAUCUCACCGCCGGUAGUCUGACUUUCCUCUUUGGUUUGAUCUUUUGCCGGCCACCACAAAGGUAUCACCACCGUAGUCUCCCUCUUCGUCUCUGAGGAACUACUUCGCAACGCUCACUCGCCGCUAUUUUCUCUUCCUCUCUGGCCCUUGAAUUCGCCAGCCACCAGUCGCGGUUUGUUGUUCCAUCUCAUAUCCGCCGCUGGCAACACCACACGCCCUUCGAAAUUGCAGAUAAGUGGAGAUAGAAGAAGGGAUUUGCGGUACCUUCAAAUUGAAAAUUCAGUCUUGUUAAUUCAACAUUUAUUCGAAAUUGAAGCAGAAAGAGGAAGCAUUUGAACUUUGCUUAGUGAAUAUUAUUACUGAGGAGUGAGAAUAAGUGAUGGCCGAAGGUGUAGCACAAGCAAAGGCAGAUGAGCCAGCGCCGCACCCACUGAAAGAUCAGCUCCCUAAUGUUUCUUACUGCAUUACUAGUCCUCCUCCAUGGCUGAAAGGGACGUAAUAUGAGCUGCUUUGGCUGUUUUGGAGGAGAUGCAGCCCAUAGGCCUGCAGACAACGGAGGUGGUUACAUGCCCAGAAACUUGGCAGGAAUCACAUAACUGCUCUCUCGCUGGAGCUGUGAGCUUGUGUAACCCUUUCAAUCUACCAAUUGCAGAUGAGGGCUUCCACAAGGGCUUUAAUAAUACUUAUGAUAAAGCAUUAGCAAGCAGCCUUCGAAGAAUAUUCAAGAAGCAUGGUGCUCUCUUUGAAGAUAUUGGUGGGGAGUAUAACAUACCAAUGGCUGCAAAUGCGAAGACUGUAAGGGAGUUUGAUGAAGGGCUAACUCGAGUAUCUUUUGGGAUCAAGUCAGCUGACGACUACUACUUGCAUUCAAGCAGUUCCGAUUCAAUUAAGCAUGUUUUUACACCAUUGCUUUGUAUUCAGGCUGCUAAUGAUCUCAUUGCACCAGCUAGGGGAAUUCCUCGCAAAGAUAUUGAGGGUUAUGUACAAAAAGAAAUGCCAUAUUCUGAUGAGGAGUUAGAAGAAACUCGAGAACAAUGGGCAAAUUAUUUUAAGAACGACUAUUUGAUGGAUGGCGGCUAAUGAGUUUGUUGUCUAGUAAUGUUAUGUUUUAUGUUUUUGUUAUGUGUUGGAUAUGACGUUGGAUGCUACUUGGAGCAUAUAUAUGGUUGUUGGAACAUAUAUGUAUGUUAUGUCUUUUAUACAAGUCUUUAUAAAUUCCCGUUUUGUCCGGGUUUCGCAAAUUACAAGGGAAACUAUGGCAAAUUUUUUGCAACCUAUUAAUAAUGUUUUUAUUAUAAUUUUUUGUCAAAAUAA